AAUUAGGGUUUAUGGGCAGUCUUUUAUCUAUUUCUUUUCCUGCUCGUUCCGUUUGCUUGAUAAUUGGGUUUGUGAUAUUAUUUUGUGUUUUAUUUUUUUCCCAUGUUCGUAAUUAGGGUUUUUGAUUUGAUUUGAUUGUUUGUGUGAAAAUUUUCAAAUCUAUGUCGAACAGAUAAAUUGGUUCAACUUUCAAAUGUAAAUCCGUGGCGUGUAUGGUAAUGAAUAGUUUGGAGUUGGACAGAAAGUAUAUUGCCAUUUGGGUAUGCCAAUGUCGAGUGAUUUAAAUUUGAUAAUUUACCCGACACCCAGGUUUCAAAAAGUGAGGGCAUUUUUGUGGCUAAAAAGCUCUGUUGUUGGGUUUGUCCGCAGCACUCUCGUCACCCUUUCUUUUCUUCUGCGGCUUCCCAAAAUAUUUCUUAUCGUUUCCAGUUUCCAGUUUGCAAUUUUAUCCACAACGCAAAAUCGAAAAAUUCCUUUUCAAGGAGAAUCUCUUUUGGGACAUUAUCAAACAAAUUGCUUUGCUACAAUACAAUAGAGCGAUGGCACUAGUACCACGGUUUGUACAAUCCUCUCCACCUUACCUUAGUCCAACCUUUAUAUGCCAUCUCAAACCUUCCUUUCUAUUGAGGGAGAACCCUGAAAAGGUCCCUAAAUCUAAUUUCACUAGAAGAAUAGGUGCUAUAGCAACAAUGGCUAAAGUACUAUUAGCAAGGGAAGCAAUUUUCAAUGUAAAAAUUGCAAAUGGAUUUGAUUUGAAAAUGGUAGCUCCUGGUCAGACACUUGAAGAGGCAGAGAGUGGAAUCAGAGGCCACGCGCUAGCUCUGCUACAAGUAAAAGCUCUGAUAGAGUCUGAGGCAUGGAAAGAUAUGCAGAAGGCACUACGAAAGAGCUCCUCAUUACUUAAACAGGAUAUCUACACCAUAAUCCAAAGCAAACCUGGAAGUAUGAGGCCUCAGCUAAGGAAGCUCUAUUCAAAUCUAUUCAACAACGUGACCAGACUAGAUUAUGCAGCCAGAGACAAUGAUGCAACGCAAGUUUGGGAGUACUAUGAAAAAAUUGUGAUAACCCUUGAUGACAUUUUGUCUAGAAUUUAGUAAUCAGAGUUUUCAGUUUUUCCCCAACUGCUGAAAAAGGAAGCCUCACACAGUUGGUGCCACAAUCACCCGUGGGAUCCCAUUCAUUUAGAAAUGCAGUUGAUGGCUGCAUUCUCACGUCAGGUCUCGUGCGAAGUUUUGUUUAUGAAAAUGGAAGUUCGGCCGGGGGGUCCUUGAAGGGAGGAAAAAACAUAGAAAGGUCCUUGUGGGUGAAAGGUGGGUGGCCCAUCAAAUUGCUGGCCGAACCCCUGAUUAUUCUGAUGUUGUCCAGCCGAGUUACGGGAUCAGGUAGGCAGAUAGGCAGAUAGGAUAGAACCUUGUGCUUACUUUGCAAUUUGAAAAUGUGGAACAUAUACACCAUGUGCUUAAAAUUCUUUUCUUUCUAUUUUUUUUUUC